AUGGGCAGCCUGGUGUAUCCCUCCCCCAGCUCUGACAACUGCAGAGUCGGCCCUGAGCUCCUGCGCUGCUGGUUCCAGCCCCCCGCUCCGCCUGGCCUCCGCACCCCGCUGCCCCGUGCUCUGCUCCACGAGGAGGCCAGAGUCCAUGGGUACAAAGGAGUCAAAUUCCAAAACUGGGCGAGGACCUAUGGCUGUUACCCGGAGAUGUACUACCAGCCCACGUCCGUGGAGGAGAUCAGAGAGGUGCUGGCCCUGGCCAGGCAGCAGAACAAGCGGGUGAAGGUGGUGGGCGGUGGCCACUCACCUUCAGACAUCGCCUGCACCGACGGCUUCAUGAUCCACAUGGGCAAGAUGAACCGCGUCCUCAAGGUGGACACGGAGAAGAAGCAGGUGACCGUGGAGGCCGGCAUCCUCCUGGCUGACCUGCACCCACAGCUGGACAAGCACGGCCUGGCCUUGUCCAACCUGGGAGCCGUGUCAGACGUGACUGCAGCUGGCGUCAUCGGGUCCGGAACGCACAACACGGGGAUCAAGCACGGCAUCCUGGCCACCCAGGUGGUGGCGCUGACCCUCCUGACGGCCGACGGGACCAUUCUCGAGUGCUCUGAGUCCAGCAACGCGGAGGUGUUCCAGGCGGCACGGGUGCACCUGGGCUGCCUUGGAGUCAUCCUCACCAUCACCCUGCAGUGCGUGCCCCAGUUCUACUUGCAGGAGACUUCCUUCCCCUCAACCUUGACAGAGGUUCUUGACAACCUGGACAGCCACCUGAAAAAAUCUGAAUACUUCCGUUUCCUCUGGUUCCCGCACAGCGAGAACGUCAGCGCCAUCUACCAGGACCACACCAACAAGCCUCCCUCCUCUUCAGCCAACUGGUUUUGGGACUAUGCUGUUGGAUUCUAUUUACUGGAGUUCCUGCUCUGGAUCAGCACCUUCCUGCCAGGCCUUGUGGGCUGGAUCAACCGCUUUUUCUUCUGGCUCCUGUUCAAUGGGAAGAAGGAAAACUGCAACCGCAGCCACAAGAUCUUCACCUACGAGUGCCGCUUCAAGCAACACGUGCAGGACUGGGCCAUCCCCAGAGAGAAGACCAAGGAGGCCCUGCUGGAGCUGAAGGCCAUGCUGGAGGCGCACCCCAAGGUGGUGGCCCACUACCCCGUGGAGGUGCGCUUCACCCGGGGGGACGACAUCCUGCUGAGCCCCUGCUUCCAGCGCGACAGCUGCUACAUGAACAUCAUCAUGUACAGGCCCUAUGGCAAGGACGUGCCGCGGCUGGACUACUGGCUGGCCUACGAGACCAUCAUGAAGAAGGUGGGGGGCAGGCCCCACUGGGCCAAGGCCCACAACUGCACCCGGAAGGACUUUGAGAAAAUGUAUCCUGCCUUUCCGAAGUUCUGUGCCAUCCGAGAAAAGCUGGACCCCUCGGGGAUGUUCCUGAAUGCGUAUCUGGAGAAGGUGUUCUACUGA